UCUCUCUCUCAACCCACAAUAUCUUCAAUUUCAAUCUCCUGAUUUUCAUUCACAUUCCCCAUAUUUCCAUUGUGAAAACAUGUACUCAAGUGAACCCCAAGACUCAGGUGGCUGGAGCUUCCUCCAAGCUCUAACCAACACUACCAACAACAAUUCCCAGGCUAACGAUGGCAAUUCCUACACUACCAACGACAGUUUUUUGAGGCUAAGUGAAAAUAGUCUUCAAAAGUGCACCGAAAUCCUAGGAGAUGAGACAGGGAGUAUUGUCUUUGAAAGCGAAGAGAUUUGUACUGAAAACAAUAUUCCAAAGAGGCAGAAAGAUUCAUCCAAGAAGAAUGAUCAGUGUAAGAGUUUGCCACCACCGUUGAGCUCAAGUGGUGUGCUGCGUAUUAGGCCUCAUAGAGAAAGCGGUCGCCUUAUUCUUCAAGGGCCUGUCCAUGAUGAUAAUGAUGAAGAAGAAGAAGAAGAAGAAGAAACAGGUAGUGUUGUCCUCGAAAAUGAAGAAAUUCGUACUGACAACAAUUCUCCAAAGAAGCAGCCAAAUUCAUCAUCAUCAAAGAAUAAUGAUGAAGAAGAAUGUAGGAGUACUGUUUUCCCACCACCUUUGAGCUCAACUGGUGUGCUGCAUACUAGGCCUCAUCAUGGAGAAGGUGGUGGCCCUAUUCUUCAACCUGUUCCAGCCCAUGAUGAACAAGAAACUGAGGAAGAGCUUGAUGAGCAAGUUCUUGAAAAACAAGAACAAGAACAAGAACAAUUACAAGAAGAUGAAGAAAAGUGAAAGUGGGUUUGUGAGGGAGUAAUGUAUGUAUGUAUUUAACUUAUGAAUUUAAGCUUAGCCUUUUCUGUAUGUGGUCUAGUCUAGUCUAGUCUAGUUUUGUGGGUUCAUGUGAGAAGAGUUUCUUAGCUUGUUAUCUUUUUGUACUCUAAACUGAGCUAAGAUGAUUUUUAAAAGCAAAAAAAGAAAGAAGAUG